AAAAUACUAAAUUUAAAAUUAUCUCUCUGGGUUUUUUUAUCCAUCUAUUUAUAUUUCCAGCUUCAUUUUUUCUUUACUAUCUCUCUGAUAUCGUUGCGACUUAAUUUUACUUUUGGGGUUUUCUCUUAAAAUGUCUGAACAAACAAUUGAUCAAUUAGCUGAUGGAGUCCAAAAAAAGCUCUACUUGGAUGAAUCCACUGGAGAAAUGGUUUCGAAAAACGAGUUGAAAAAAAGACAAAAACAAAGAGCUGUUGAUGCUAAAAAAGCUGCAAAAAAAGUCAACCAACCAGCAAAACAAAAAACAACGAAAAAAAAAAUUGAUGAGGAUUUAACUCCCAACCAAUUUCAUCUUAUACGAUCAAAACAAAUCAAUGAGUUAAGAUCAACUAAAACUCCUAACCCUUAUCCACAUAAAUUUCACGUUAAAGACGAUGCAAGUGACAUUUUAAACACUUAUUCUACUUUGGAAAAAGGCCAAUUUUUAAAAGAUGUCAAAUUAUCAAUUGCUGGUAGAGUCAUGGUUAAAAGAGAAGUUGGUUCCAAAUUAAGAUUUUAUUCAAUUUUAUCAAACAACUCUACAAUUCAAGUUGUCUCCCAAAUCAAUGAUUAUUUAAAAGAUUCUGAUUUCUUUGAACAAAAUGACAUCAUAAGAAGAGGUGACAUUAUUGGUAUUAACGGUUACAUUGGAAGAACUAACCCUCAAAAAGGUGGUGAAGGAGAAAUUUCAAUUUUUUCAAACCAGAUAACCCUAUUAACUCCAUGUUUACAUAUGCUACCAACUUCUCAUUUUGGUUUCAAAGACCAAGAGUUGAGGUAUAGAAAAAGAUAUUUGGAUUUAAUUAUAAAUCAAUCUGUCCGUGAAAAAUUCAUAAUUAGAUCUAAAAUUAUUUCUUACAUUAGAAAAUUCCUAGAUAAUCGUGGUUUUGUUGAAGUUGAAACUCCAAUGAUGGAUGUUAUUGCUGGUGGUGCCACUGCCAAACCUUUUAUAACCCAUCACAAUGACUUGAAUUUGGAUAUGUUUUUAAGAAUUGCUCCAGAACUAUAUUUAAAAAAAUUGGUUGUCGGUGGUAUUGAAAGAGUUUACGAAAUUGGUAGACAAUUCAGAAAUGAAGGUAUUGACAUGACCCAUAAUCCUGAAUUCACAACUUGCGAAUUUUAUCAAGCCUAUGCAGAUGUUUACGACUUGAUGGAUAUGACUGAAUUAUUAUUCUCAGAAAUGGUCAAAGAAAUUACUGGUUCAUAUGUACUUAAGUUUCAUCCUGAUGAUAACGAUAAAGAAAAAACCCUAACCUUAGAUUUUUCAAGACCUUGGAAAAGAAUUAAUAUGAUUGAACAAUUAGAAGUUCGUUUUAACGUCAAGUUCCCUGCAGGCGAUCAAUUGCACACUCAAGACACCAAUGAUUUCUUGAAAAAACUUUUGAUUCAAAACAAAUUAGAUUGCACUCCUCCCUUAACCAAUGCAAGGAUGUUAGAUAAAUUGGUUGGUGAAUUGGAAGAUACAUGUAUUAAUCCGACUUUUAUAUUUGGUCAUCCUCAAAUGAUGUCUCCUUUGGCCAAAUACGAUCGCAAAAUUCCAGGUUUAUGUGAAAGAUUUGAAGUUUUUGUUGCCACAAAAGAAAUCUGUAAUGCUUACACAGAGUUGAAUGAUCCAUUUGAUCAAAGACAAAGAUUUGAAGAACAAGCAAGACAAAAAGAUCAAGGUGACGAUGAAGUUCAAUUAAUUGAUGAAUCCUUCUGUAAUGCUUUAGAAUACGGUUUACCUCCAACUGGUGGUUGGGGUUGUGGUAUCGAUAGAUUAGCUAUGUUUUUGACAGAUAGUAAUACCAUCAGAGAAGUUUUGUUGUUCCCAACCUUAAAACCAGAUGAUUCUGCAAACUGAUUUAUUUUAUAAUUACCUUUUAGAAUAGCUUUAUUUCAGUUGUAAUUGAAAAAAUCUCUUCAAUGACUUGUUUCUUUUUUUUCUUUCCUCUUUUUUUAUUUUCUAGUAACAGCCUUUUAUAUAUUUAAAAAUUAAUUAGACCUUAUUUUGUACAAGUAAACAUUUAAUAUGAUUAUAAAAAUAACAUUUUGAU